AUGAGGGAGCUAACCAAGUUGAUAGGAGUGCCUCCAGCACAAGUACUUACGUUUAUUGAUGAAUUCUAUGCGCUGCGGCGCGAGAAUAAUGCUCGAAAUGGUGUGGCAACACGUCGUAUACCCAAUCUUGACAGACGGUUCAAGUCCAGGGUAUGGAAGUGGCUUACGGAGCACCCUGAAGUAUCAGUUGGCAAAGAUAGAGAGGGUAACUCUCUUACACUGGACGAUGUGGUACCGCAUUCACAAGGUGAUAGCACCACAGAGGCGGCUAUUGAUCCAGCACUAGGGCCGGCUCCUGGUCGCCGGGGACAAGAUAUGCUUGUUUUUGUGUCGCUGGAGCGAACUUGGCUCUCCAUCACUGGUCAUGAACCGGAUUCCACCAGGGUCUUACCGUUGGAAUUUGCUCUGCUAUCAAUUAUCGCUUCUCGAAAAGAAAAGGGCAUCAUUCAGUCCGACCUUGUCCGGCUGAGUGGACAAGACAAGCGUUCAGUUCCUAAAAGGACUGACUUAUUGCAGGAAAAAGGAUAUAUUGAAAAACGAGCCAUACAAUAUCAAGCUGCGAGGACAAGUCUGUGUACUCUGAAUAAAUUCGCCGGACUCGGACCAGGGCAGCUUUCUUAUGAUCCUUCAUCAGUCGUGGAACCUGGCUCAAAAUCAACAACUAGCAAGAUAAUAGACUUCACAGUUUUACAAGAGAAGCUUUUUGAGAUGCUGAGGGAGUAUAAGGUCAUUACCAGGAAUGAUCUUAAAGAAAAACUCGGAAUGCAAGAUCGUUGGCACGGGAAAAUAUUAAGAAGAGCCAUUCGGAAAUUUGAGGCCAUUGGCUGUAUUCGACGAGUCCGUGCAGUAUCUCAGUAUUCAAAUGCAAUGAAAUCACUGCAUCCUUCAGUAAUGCUGAUACGUGAGCCAACGGAGAAGGACAUCAAACUGUUCCACGAAGACAGUAAGGGGCUGAUGUCAUCUCUGGAGCAGUUGGACGCAGACUUGGACGAGGAGCAAGGCCAAAAAAUUGUAGUUGAUCCUAGCCUGGAAGGCGAUUCUACUAAUUAUGUUGUUGAUAUCGGUCGGAUUGUCCCCCAAUGGACACCGGAUAGAACAAUAACUAAUUUGGUUUUUGAUACUAUCCAUCAGGCUGGCACUAGAGGGAUCUCUAACAAUGACAUCAAUAAAUUAACAAUGGGAUCCUUUUUCAGAAAGCCACUGGAGACCGUUCUCUCUCGAUUGACCAGCUCAUGGCAGAGCUCACAGCCUCUCCAUCUUCGACAUCUAGCCAUUCUCCGCGACACUGCACUCAACAAAACUGUAUAUUAUUAUAUACAUUAUUCGUUCGACCAUUUUUCCUCCCUGGUGAGCAAUGGUCAUGCUUCUUGGGAUGCAGUAACUGGAGGUCCCAGGUCCGGAAAACGAGUGUUAAACGCCCCCCCAGCCAACGCAAAGGCUACCUUGGACAAAUAUGGCUUCCAAGUAGACAUCUCGCAGCCGCUCUUACGGAAGGGGAAUGCAACGCUUCGUGAAUGUUUGGAGGCUUCUAAGCCUUCGAAAUGGAACCUUACAUUCAAUGACCCUAUUGCAGUUUCUCUCUUGGAUGGCACAUAUACCGUUGACUUCUUCAGAAAGGGUGGCCUUUCGAGAUCGGCACUCGAGCGCGCUCGAGACGCUGGAGUACUUGAAUCAGACGAUCAUGAACUGCUUGGAUCCAAUGUUCCUAACGGUGCUCAGCCUGAUGAUGUCGCCCAAUUGGCUCCUGGUCCUCAGGAUGGCAUGGAAGAAGUUGCCCCCCGUGCGGCUAAACGGCAGAAAGUUGUCGCAGAUCCAUAUGAGGGAUUGACUGGAAAGGAACUCCUUGAAGCGCAAGGCCUAGAUGAAGGGUGGACGGAGUACAGCCUUCUACUUAUGGACCGCCCAUCAACUGGUGUAUAUAUAACACCGUUUGGAAAACGUCGGCCUGUUGGUAAAAAAAGAGGGCGUCCAGGUAAAAGUCGUAUUGCCGUUUUCAAGUCACCGAGAUUAAAGGAAUUUGACUGGUUUGUACCCCAAGCAUCACCUGAGCCACGAGAUGAAGAAACAACUUCGAUAAUUGAAACAAACUUACAAGCGGGGUCUGCGAACCUGUCCGUGGAAACCCGCCCUUGCCGCCCGGUCAGGGCUGCUGCUCAACGGCAGACUUAUUCUGAAGUCGAUAAAGAGGGCCUAGAGGAUACCGAACAGCAGCCUGCCAAUAACGAUGAAUUGGAUAUUGAAUGGAACAACCUGAAGAGCCGCCAGGUAUCAGGGAAAAGAAGAGCUCCAGACGCUGGCGGGCCAGUGUCUAUUGGAACAGGGGAAACUCCUCGACGCCGGAGGGGAAGACCGCCAAAAAAACGGAAACUUGAUACUGAAGUGGAAGCUUCAACAGCACCUUCUCCCGAGGGAAGCCUGUUGGUCGAUGACAAUAGGUCAAGAUUGAGGCAAACGACAGAACUACCAAACCCCGUCCCCGACAGUGACAUUGAACUUACCGAAGCACCAGUGCGUGAAACACAAGAGCAGGAGUUGAUUGUCCUCUCCCCUAGGGAUGCACAACAAGCCACGGCUCCUUGCGUACCAACAGUUGAACAUCCAAGAGAAACAAUCCCUGAAGAAGGUUUAAGAGAAGCUGAGUUGAAGAAAGAGCCUAUAUGUGACCUAUAUGGAGAGCCUGUCUCUGAGGCCGCGCAGACCGUGAACACAUCUGCCAGAAAUUCAGGUAUAACCACCGAAAUCACUCUUCCUGAUGCCCAGAAUACACCAGAUGCCUCUGUUACUAGAGUCGAUGAGAUCAAAGGAACUCUUAAGCGAGAUAUCAGGUCCGGUUCAAUCGGCGUACUCAGAAGAAAGAUUCUUCUAGAUAUUCUCGAAAAAGGAGGUGGCGUAUAUCCUAUGGGAAGUGAAAUGUGGUAUCCUUUUACGACUCAGUGGUUGAAAACAAAUCAAAGCACAAAGCCUGAUGCACGAACAGUAAAAAAUGCAAUGAGAACACUCAUUGAAACUGGAAAAGCUAGGAAGCACACAUUUAGUGGGAGGAAUUCUAAAGGCCUCAUGGUGACGAAAAGCAUUUUGUCCUUUCCGGAAAUUUCAGGAAACCAUCCAAAAGUAAGAGCCAUGCAAAAGGAAAUGCUUGAUGCAGACCCCCAGCUUUAUCUUCCCUUAGAGGUUGAAAUUGAUCCAGACCUGAGAAAGUCAAACCGUGGAUUCUUGGGAUACGGUGUGAAGCUUCCUGAUAUUGAUGGGGAAGUUAACGUGACACUUCACCAGCCUCCAGCCAUGACACGCAGGGCACCUAAGGCAGGAAGACGGUGGAAAAUGCACAACUUCGAAGGUGAACUCUUCGAGUUUGAUAUCAGAGAGCUAUCUUUUCCUUUCGACUCCCCUCCAACUCAAAGGUUGGAGAGCAUACAGCGGUUGGCGCAAGGGCGUUCUUAUCUGGCUUCCUUUGGUUUACUGUCUCCUAGUGGGAGUUCAUCUCAACAUACGAGGUACCCCGUACCUGCAUUACCGAUAUCUUCAAAAACUAGAUACAUGGUAACUCCCGAGUCAAUGCUCAUGUGUCCACUGCAAGUAUAUCACUCGGCCACGGGGACGUUUGGGACAGGUGCCUAUAUUCCUGGUAAAUAUAGGGUGUACCCUAAACAUCAUGGUGAACAUAAUAUGAUACGACCGGAAAACUUAGAAACAAUCCUGUCACAAAGAGGCAAUCGCAAGUUUGAUAGCUCAAAGUUUUCCGACCCAGUGUCCCACCAGUUCUUUUAUGAUGUGGACAGGAUCAAAUACUGGGAGCACCGGUACCCGGAAAUCUUUGAGAUGCCCUACGAUGAUUUUGUCUACAUAAAUCAUACUAUCGAGGAACUCCCCGAAUGUCCGCCCCUGGAAGGUGCAAUGAAAUUUGAAAGCGAUGCUGCGGCCAUUGCGGAGAUAGAGCACACACGAAGACUGACAAGGCAGCUAGCCAGGAGAACCCAGGCUCCUGAAGCUGUUCUUGCGCGUCAUUUUGGCUCUGACCGGAGGCAACGAUGGAGGAAAGGGGAGACGCACACCGAAACUACACGCAAACUUACCCAACUACAGGAGGCCAAAGCCGCUGGUGAAGCGGAUAAAAUUAAGAAUCACAAGACAAGGCGUGUUAACUCUUUACCAGCCAAGGUAACUCAACGGCUUAUGGUAGCUAUGGUUGUCGUACGCACCCUCGCCGGGGGGUUAGAAGGAAGAAUGGUGGAGUGGACCUUGAUUACCCCCCUAUUCCCGGACUAUACACCCAAGUUCAUUCAUGAUCGUGGGAGGCUGUUAACAGGGAGACAUAGGCUGCAGCUAUCGAAAAUGCAAAGUGAUUUUCAGGAGAAGUUUGCAGAUGCCUACGAAAAGGGAGAAGUUCCACCAAUCAAUUUCGACAACCUAGAAACUUAUGACUGGGAAUGGGUUGUCAAUUGGGCGUGCAGGAACAUGGAAGAGCCUAGUAUGGGUAGGCUUCCUAACCUCCCAGCGUCUCGACGACAGUUUGACAGCCUAUUUGAGCUUCGAACAGAGCCAAGCCAGCAGAUUGAUGAAAUCUACCACUACACGCCCCCUACAACUAUACCCAGGAAACGGACUCUCUUAGGAAAUCUGCUACUCUCUAAUAAUAUUUCAGAUGGCCGGUCACGCAAACCGAGGGCAACGGAGCUUGAGCUACUGGAUGUGGCAAAGACAUGGGUGCGCGCAAAUGUCGUAACGCCUGAAGAGACCUACAAACCAGCAGAAGCUGGUCAAAUAAUGAGGCAAUUCGGCGAGGAUCUCCUGGGAAGGGCUAUCCAAUCUCUCAUGACCGAGCGCGUCAUUUCCAUGGGUAACAAGGGUCGGGUAGCCCCUGGACGCAAUUUCGAUCUUACGGAGCAGUUCCUUGGUACCCUCACACGCAGACGCCCGGUUGAGUUAACACAACUGAAGCAGGCCUCUUCUUUCAAAACAGAGGUUCUUGACCCUGCUCUGCUUUCUGAAGGGUGUUAUUACGUGAAGUAUGACGCUACAGAUGGUGAUAUAAUUGCCCUCCUCAACCUAGCUUCAAAAGGCCACAUUGUCCUAGUACCAAGGGACCCUCCUCGGAACAAAUAUGGGUUAACUGAGGGAGGCUACCUGACAAGGCUGAUGGAUAAAGAAAAGCUGCGUUUUAACGUUGAGGUUCACCCAGCCCACGGCCGGUAUCUGUACGGAAAUCCCAUCAGCCAGGCAUUAAAAGAGACGCCGAUACCAAAAGGUGAUCUGGGUAACUUUCCGAUUAGCUCUGAAUCAUUGACACUGAUGCCUAAAGUUCCGUUGUGGUUUGAUGUGCACUCUCAAUUUGUGAAGAUAGUAUGGGAGCUUGUUUUGAGCGCGGUUCUUGGUGUACUUGUUGCUCGACCGGCCAUUGCAGCUAAAGGCAUAACACGUAUGCUGGAGCCUUGUCUAGCGGAGUGGGAGACACUUCUAGUUUUAGGCUGGCUUGCUGACGUUGGUAUUAUUGAGAGGACACAAAGCUUAACCGAGAAUCAUUCCGACGAUACAGGAUGGGUUGUAGGCGAGUGGUGGUGGAUGGUACUUGGGGCAUCUGAGAACGGCCAAACGUAA